AACUCGGCUGGACUAAUGAGUUAAGUUUUUACGAUUCUAAAAUCAAAGCUAAAAAACUAGAACAAGCUUACUUCGCAUUGACCAUUUCGUUGAACAUGGCAAAAUUUUUACACACUUUAUUAUACAUUGUCUAUUCGGUAACCGUUGAAAUGUCGGGAGAUAUUCACAAUCGGGGAGAGAUUCACAAUCGGGUAGAAGAUCUACCAAAAAAUUUUUCCAAACAAAAAUCCGAUAGUGAAGGAGAAAAUACCGAUAAAGAAAAUGGAGUAGAUGAUUUAAAAAAGCAACUAAUUCAGCCGUUAUCGUGCGAGAUUUGCAGAGUCAAGGUAACCAGCACCAAAAUUUUCCAAAGACACCUUGAUGGCAGGAAGCACAAGCUAAGGGCAGAACGCCAAGGAAAAGAAUUCAAAUGCGAACUCUGUGAUAUUAUAGCCAAUAGUGAAAUUCAGCUGGAAAUUCAUUUUAGAAGUUUUCGUCAUAAGUCAAAACUACAAAGAAAGGAGCACCCUCAUUUCUCCCUAUUAACGUCGUACACCUCAAAAAGUUCAUUUCUCGUAUUUCUAUGUUUUACUUGUAUAUUUUUAAACUUAUUCUUGUUAUUUAAAUAAUGUUUUGUUAUUGUUGCUUAAAAAUUUUUAUUCUAUACAUUAUAAAUUAUAUAGUUCUUUUGUAAAGAUGAAAUAACUUUUUGUAAAUUUGUACUGUAUUUUAGAGUUAGUUUAACAUCGUUUAACAUCCGUGAAGAGAAGUAGUAGAGGAAUUGGUCGAAAUGAUAAAAUUUUGAUGUAGGUAUCCCAUUCAAACACUAUAAUCAAAAUGUAGAUUAUAAAAGAUGUAAUCUAUUUUGUUGUAUAAUAGUUUUUGUGUAGUGGGUGAUAAUUUAUAGAAAAUAUCAUUGAGUAUACUUUAAAAUGCAGAUUUUUUGAGUGAAAGGUACUACAUUAGAGCUGGUUUUGCUUCUUAUUAUAGAUUCUAAUGUAGAUCCUGUACAUCUACUACUUUUCAGAAGGCUUUAUUUAUACUUAGUUAAGUAUACUUAAUAAUCUAAUUUAUUAUUAUUGUUUUUAAAUGUUUUUGUAUCAUUUCAGAAACUUUGUAAUUAAAUAUACACUAACAUUUUCAAUAUUAACACUUAUUUAUACUUAGAUGAGUAUAAUAGGACGUUUUUUAAAUAGACUCGAUCCUUGUGACAUUAUUUUUAGUAAUAGCAACAAUAUUUAUUUAAAAUACCUUUGUAUACUUACAUUCGUACUAUUUAUUUAAAGUAAGUUACUUCUUUUUUGUAAACUUAUAUAAACUGUAUUAUGAAACGAAAAAUAAGAUGAAUUUACAAUA